GAUUGAGUAUUUCUUUUGCAUCAGUCUUUUGGUUUGUAUCCACGUUGAUUUUACCAACUGGGGCACACUCAAAGAACAAGGCAUCAUUUUAUUCAGAUAACUAAAGAAGCUUUUGCAAAGCAAUCAAAAAAAUGAGAAGAACGAUGUUGGAACCAAUCCCUCCGAAAUGGAAACAACUAUGGGAUACAUGUGAUCUCCGAAGCUUCAUCAUUUUAAGUCUUUUAUUACAAACGUUUAUGAUUUUCGUUGCUCCUUUGCGGAAGCGAACAAAAAGUAACUGGGUAAUGAUGUUAUUGUGGACUGCAUACUUGUUAGCAGAUUGGGCGGCUAACUUUGCUGUUGGGCUUAUCUUAAAUAGCCAAGGGGACCCUAGUAGUAACUCUGGCAAAAAUGAUAAGACCCCUGUGGUACAUAAAGACCUUCUUGCCUUCUGGGCUCCAUUUCUUUUGGUGCACCUUGGUGGUCCGGACACAAUUACGGCUUUUGCGUUGGAAGAUAAUGAGUUGUGGCUCCGCCAUCUUUUUGGUCUUGUCUUCCAAUGUGUAGCUGUUGUUUAUGUGUUUAUUCUGUCACUUCCACAUAACCGGCUAUGGAUUCCGACUAUGUUGAUGUUUUUGACAGGAAUGAUAAAAUACAUUGAGAGAACACGUUCGCUUUAUCUUGCGAGUGCCGAUGGAUUCAAAAAAUCAAUGCUUAAAAAAGCCAACGUGGACAUGAGUUCUGCAAUACUCAUGUAUAUAUACGAUUCCAUGAGGGAAGCAAACCUACCAGCUCAAAUUGAAAUGAUUCCUGUGCAAGAUGGAGUGAAAAAGGUCAACACAACUAAAAAGGCUAUAAAGCGGACUUUAACUCAACUGGAAUUGGUGCAGUAUGGUCAUCUGUUCUAUGAAAAAUUUAUAGGUCUUUUUGUUAAUAGGAUUUACAAUCAAAAGGAAUGGAAUCAAAGCCGCGCUUUCUUUUUGAAUCGGAACUCGGAAGACGCAUUCAAAGUGAUUGAGGUCGAGUUAAACUUAAUCUAUGAAGUUCUCUUCACCAAGUUUCCUGUUGUUAAUGGCAAGUAUGGAGUCAUUAGUCGAUUUUUCUCUCUGGUGACUAUCUGUUUAGCAAUCAUAAUAUUCAAAAUGAAAAGCAAAACAAACUUCAGUGAAGUUGAUGUUACGAUUACUUACGCUUUGCUCUUUGGCGCGUUGGGUUUGGAUUUAACUGCUCUAUUUAUGCUCUUGAUUUCGGAUUGGACCAUCAUUGCUUUGCGGAAAUCACCUGAUGAGGAGCGUGUCAACUCUCUCAAGAACAGAAUCAUCCCACUAUUUCUCAAACUCAGGAUCGAGGGCACACUUGAGGCAGCAUAUGAUAAACUCGGGACCAAGGGCAAACUUAAGAUACAUCCCAAAUCUCGUAGAUGGUCAAAAACCAUUCCAUGUUACAAUCUUAUCUCCUACUGCCUUCACCCACGUCCGAAACUAUGGGGAACAGUUGUCGACAUGUUGGGGCUUAGAGACUUUCUUGAUAGCAUCUUUUAUGUAAAACCACAAGCAUUCACUGGGAGUCUUAGAGAGUUCAUCUUCAAGGAGCUCAAAUCGAAAUCAGAACUUGCUGAUGACUUGGAUACCGCGAAGGAGAUAAGUACAGCACGCGGUGAUUGGGUUCUUCGAGUCGAAGAAGACGGUUGGGCUGGCUUACUCAAAUAUGUUGCAGGUGUCGACUAUGAUCAAAGUCUCAUUCUGUGGCACAUCGCUACUGAAUUAUUAUACAACCAAGAUCCCUCUACCGAUAGCUCCAGCAAAGACAAAGAAAAUAGGGACAACUCGAAACUCUUAUCUGAUUAUAUGUUAUUGUUGGAUAUUAUGUCCGGUUCGAUAAGUCAACGCUGCCGACCGGGUCUUGACCCGUAAGAGUUACACCUUGGGCAACGAACUAAAAAUCCACUUAACCCGUUUAACUGGUAAUUACGAACAACAUACGAGACUGAUCAUAAUUAUAUUUAUGAUCAUAAGCGGAUAUUAGCGGAGAGACGGGUACAUGGACCGGGUGACACGGGUAUUCUCACCCACCGCCACUUGUCACUUGCCACCCUUUUUGGCCAAUAGAAAUACAUGCAACUUGCCACCCCUUUUUGACCAAUAGAAUUACAUGCAAUUUGCAUGAUUGACACUUGGCUAACAUACAUGAAUGUCCAUGUUCUAUAUAAGUGGGUCUUGUAUUUGGUGGAAAGGGGUGAGAUGAACAAAAUGGCAAGAAGAUAAAAAUACUCUCAACCACCAAGCACAAGUCGGGCCGGGUUUUUCACCUCCGGGAGCCGGAUAUCGCCGCCGCCUUACGCGGCCGGUCUCCUCCGCCACCGCGAGCUAAAUGCCGCCACCGCCGCCCUGCUGGUCGCCGUUCGCAGCCGCCGCCCGCCGCCGCCUGCUGCCGCGGCUGACUGCCGUCGACUGCCGCCGCUGUCUGCCGCCGUUAUACGGGUUCGCACUCGCUCUCGUUAGUUCGUACCACUAGCACUUGUUCGUUGAACCUCGGUGUCUCGACCGGUUAGUCAUUAACCGAGAGGUUUUCGCCCAUGUCAAUGAAAUUUCCAAACUUCACAAAUAUCAAAGAUCAACGGAUUCACGGCGGAUAAUCACUUUGAUUUAUAACAUGCAAACAACCAAUAAUGUGAAGCCGAUCUUGUUUAAAAGUAUCCGCUUGGCGAAAGAAUUGGUGAAGAUAGAGAAUAGUUUGAAAAAGAAUAAAUGGGAGAUUAUAAGCAAGGUAUGGGUGGAGAUGUUGUGUUAUGCUGCAAGUAACUCACGACCCGAAAUGCAAAUAGCACCAGUGAGUAAAGGUGGUGAACUUAUUAGUAUAGUGUGGCUGUUAAUGAUUCACUUCGGUUUGGGGGACAAAUUCCAAGAAGAUGAAAGUAAUGAAGUAGCACGACUCAUUGUUGGCAAGUAGUUACGAGUAUUAUCUCAACUGCAUCAAGGAUCUAGAAGAGCAUAAAUACUUUAUCCUUUCAAGACUGCAUAACUAUAAAUAAAUUGAAGUAAUUUUGAUUAUUUGCAUUUGAAAACUAGAAUCUAUACAACCUAAUAAAAGCCUUAAUUAGGGGACACAUGUCCUCCUCCUAGGGCCUCUAAAGCUCAUUUUCCCGCCAAAACUAGGAUCCAUUGAUUUCCCUUUAGUGAAUGGUCACGCGGGAUCCGUUUACAUCCAUUCGGGUCGAGAGGGUUUUCAUAUAUAAACACACAACCCGGUCAUUUUCUUUCCCUAUUGUUCAUAUUCUCACAACGGCGAUUAGGGUUUUCAUCCUUCAAUCCAGCGAUUAGGGUUUUCAUCAUUCUUUUCCAAUCAAACAAUCCAAGAUCCAAGUAAUCAACGCUCUGCUCUUUACGGAUCUUCAUAGAUCUUCAUAUCAACGCUCGAAUUCAAGGGUUUCUUGCUAUUCGAUCUAUUUACUACUCUUACACAUCAAUGUCGUCUCCAUCAAGGGAUCUUGAGAGUUUUUGCGCUUAAUUGAUGAUGAUGAGCUUAUGAUGAUGAUGCCGCCGCCGCCAACGAUGACACUAAGAGAAUCACAUUUGCAAGAGGUUGGAUUUGCAUAAGGUAUGAUUAACAAUGAAAUCUGGGAAGGAUCAAAUUUUUCUAUCUCUCCUUGGGUCUCUAUAAAGGUUGAGUUGUCCUUGCAUACAUCUUGAUUAAAAGUUUAUAUCUUGGAUUCGAUUUUAUGUUUGUUAAAUAUAUGAUUAUACAUCCAGUUUUUGGUAUAUUGUUUGAUGUGAUCUCUGGGAAUUUUGGAUUUUCUAGGCAUCGUUAACUAAAUAUGAUUUGUUGAUUAUGGUUUAUGUGAAAAAGGAUGUUACUUUGUAGUUGAAUGGUUGAAGGUGUUGUCGGUAGGUGGUAUGAAGAUGUGAUCAGGUAAUCUAAAAGUACUAUCUGGUGUUACUUUGUUUUUUUAUUAAGUAAUAAAUAUGUUUCUACUUAACCUUUGUGGUUGUUUAUAUGGAUGGGCAUUUGGGUACCCGGUAUCGAUACCGAAUUUUGGAGUAUGUACAAAUGUAAAGAACCCUAUUUUUAUUUCCUUGCAAACUUUCUGCAUUUGAUGUAUAAUUCACUGGCUAUAGUUGUACUAUUUACUGUUUAUAGUGAUACUUUCAUCUGUUUUGAUUUGAUUGCACCUUAGAUAACCCUAUUUUAACAGCAUGGUAAAAGAUAUCAAGCAUGUGUUGUAUUUGAAUUUCCAUUCUUUAUAAGAUGUGUUGUCUGAUGGUGGAAACGGUUUUACCUAAUUUUGAAAUGUCACUGAUCUAAACUAAGAAAAAAUAAUAACACCGUGGUUUUUUUUCUUUAUGAACAAAAAUGUAAAUUAGAUUGAAGUUUAGGUUUGGGAUAAUCUUUGUGUAAAAAGUGAAACAUGAUAAUGAAGAAUGAUAAAAUGAUAACAAUGUUGUAAAUCUCAUUUUUCAUCACUUAAUAGUUUCAUGUACUAGCUUUCAUACAUAGUAGGGAUGAGCAUUUCGGUACCGGUACCCACUUUUUAGCAUUAUUGGUACCGGUAAAAUACCGAAUCAAAUACCGGUCCCGUACCAGUAUUGUACUAGUAUUGUACUGUACCGUACCAAAUAUUUCGGUAUCGGUACCCAGUUUUGACGAAUUCUGGUACCGGUACCACACUCAUCCCUAAUACAUGAUGCAAGACUUAGUAAACGUGUGGUUAUGUUACCAUUUAAUUGAUACACAUCUUGAUGCAAUAUGUGGUGGGUUGUAACGUGUUUUUGUUAUUGUCCCUGUUUAUAGAGCUUAAGACUCUUACACACACAUGCAUUUGUGUGAAUUCACAGGCCUUGAUGUGGAAUGAAGAUUGAGGAGCAUUAUUCUCAGGUGAUGGAUACGGUGGGCCGCCUUUUUGUUGAAAUGUUUGAUAAACUGAAUGAAAGGUGUGAAGAAGGGCCGGAAGCUAUUAGCAAGUAGUAAUUCUUCAAACCUUUUAAAUACUUGUGGAAUACCUUACGCCUUACAUUUGAAGAAGGGAUUCAAAUGAUCUUUUAGCCAGACGUUGCCGACUACUCUUUGCUAAAGCUCAUGAUGAAGAAAGUCAUCAGAGUUGAGGGAUGAGGCUGCAGAUGUAAGUUUUAGUUUCUUUAUGUUUCUUUUAUCUUUUUUAGUUUGUAUUUGUUGGCGCCAUGAAUUGGUACCAUCUUAAACGUUGGUUUGUUGCUUGGUGAUUAUUUACAUGUCAACAUUGGUUGAGAGAAGGUCCUUAAAUGAAAGAUGUAAAUUGAAUCUUGCUUUUACGUGUCGAAUUGUGAGUAACGAUGCUGCAGCAAGGCGGGAUCUUUGGCAGCUGUGUGGGAGUGUUUUGGGGCUGCUAACCGCGUCUGAACAACCAUUAUAAGCGAUGGUAGCAGCUGCGAGAAAAGAUCAUAAAUAGGAGGCCAUGCUCAGGUGAUUUGGGGUACGUAGCAGGGCUGAAUCAUAGUGUACAGACUGUGAUUUCGUAAGGUUUUUUUAGGGUAUGUUAAAGGUAAAGUUCCCGGAUUGUUGGGGUGUGCGGGUAAGGUCGGAGGCCAAAUCCCAAAGGUAGCCAAGCAUGAUAAGAAGAAGAAGCAUCGUGGACGUGCUCAAAAGUGUAUCCAGCAUAACUGCCGUUCAUCACCGCCGGCAGCAAGUGUAAGAAAUAUGUUAAAUCGGAGGGAUUUAGCACUGCUAUAACUAGAUAUGCUCCCCCAGGAUACUGGAAUGUAUUUGGAAGCUACACCUUUGUUCUUUCAAUAUAUGGAAUAAAGUACUAUUGUAACUUUUUUGUUUACAUGAUUACAUUUAAUACAAAUACUUUAUUUUAGUA